AUGAAUAUUAAAAUUAUUCUUUUGCUUAGUCUAGCAGCAUACGUGGCGUGUAGUGGUAGUAAUGUAUCUGACGAAGAAGAUAACUUUGAAGAAGAUAACUUGCAACUAUUUGGGACUUCGCCGCAACCACUCGAAUAUAAUAAAUACAUUUAUUACAAAGGAUUAAAAAAUAUGAAAAAUAAUCGCUAUACCGACAGUCCAAAUAUAUGUAUAUAUGAAGAAGGAGUGAUCAUCAACAACAAAAAAAUUCCAAUGGAUAUUGGAAAUAAAGAAUUUCGUCCAAUUGUAAAAUAUAAUAAAAAGGAUGGAUUCACAGUCAACGGAAGAAAAGUUCCAGCAGAUGCAGACGGAAAUCCUUUAAAUUCACAGAACGAAAUUGGUGGCUUCGACUCUGAAUGCCAAGGCCCAACAGAAGAUGAAAUUGAAGAAGAUAAUGAUGACGAUGACGAUGACGAUGACGAUGACGAUGACGAUGACGAUGACGAUGACGAAGACAAUGACAAUGACAAUUUUACAUUAGGUAAAUUAAAAUCAAAUGUCUGA